AAAAAAAAAGGGAAGAAAAUGUUCCUAAAAGUUGCUUGAGUUACAAGUUUGUUUUGGGCAUCUUUUUGUUGGUUGGCUAAUCAGUAAUGAAAAAGGGAUAUCAUAGUGGAUCACAUGUGUGUGUAAAGUGUAAUUACACUAACCCUAAAAUCACUUCCAUCGUUGGAACUAUUAGACCCAAACCAUAAAAAUUGAUCCACUCGAAAAUAGGGUUACAAAAAGGCCGACCAAACUCGAGAACUACAGAUGGUUACGUGUUGGGGUCUUAUUGCUCUUUCUCCGACUACCAUUGCCAACUCCCCUGUCUCCUCUGCUUCUACCCCUUCCUUUUCCCUUCAUCCCUUUUUCUGAACUUUCUUCCAAUCAGCAAACUCAUCCAUGGCGGAUGCCAAGAAGGUUGUGCUCAUGAUGCUUAAAGUGGACCUGCAGUGCCAUCGGUGUUAUAAGAAGGUCAAGAAAGUUCUCUGCAAAUUCCCUCAAAUUCGAGACCAGAUUUAUGAUGAGAAACAAAACCUUGUGAUUAUCAAAGUGGUUUGUUGUAAUCCUGAGAAGCUGAGAGAUAAAAUUUGCUGUAAGGGCUGUGGGGUUAUCAAAAGCAUUCAAAUCCAAGACCCUGAAAUUCCCAAGCCCGUCGAUCCUCCGCCGCCCCAAACCGUCGAUCCUCCGCCGCCCCAAAAGGUCACCGAUUCUCCUCCGCCGAAAAAGCCCGACCCACCUCCGCCCCAGAAGGUCAUCGAUCCUCCUCCGCCGAAAAAGCCCGACCCACCUCCGCCCCAGAAGGUCAUCGAUCCUCCUCUGCCAAAAAAGCCCGACCCACCGCCUCCUCAAAAGGUCGUCGAUCCUCCGGCGCCGCCCAAGAAGGCCGAUCCUCCACCUCCAGCGCCGCCCAAGAAGGUCGAUCCUCCGCCGGUCGUCGUCCAGAAUCCCCCACCAGUACAAGCCAAGCCGGUACCAAGGAACACAUGCGUGCCGGUUGCAGGGUACCCGCCGGCAUACCCGAUGGGGGUGUGCUGCAGGGAGUGCUAUGAAGGGCGCGGUGGGGGCCCGUGUUACAGUGGGUUCGGUAGGCCGCGCUCAUGCUGCGAGGGGUGCGCUUCUGGAAGGCCUAUUUACGAUAGCUAUGGCGGAGGGAGGAGUUGUUACAUCAGCCCCUGUGAGUAUCUAAAUGAAGAAAAUGCGACAGGAUGCAGUGUAAUGUGAGGCGUUGCAGCUCGUGAAUGGUGCCAGUGACGUCCAUGCGCACCUUAUGGUUAUGAUAAUAAGGGAGUUCUAAUUACAUUACAAUGUGGCCUGGCCUCACUAUAGAGCUCGGCAUUGAGGCUUCAAGGGCGUAACAGAAUAAUAAUUCAUUUCAUUAUGUUCAUCUUGGUUAUUAGUUUUCAAUAACUUAAGAUAGUUAAAAACGCUCAUUCCUCAAUUCGAAAGCUCUAAGAUGUCAACGUAUGUAGAAAAGUAAAUGAAAACCAGACUGAAUUCGAACCGGA